GGGACAGUAGGCGAUGGCGCAGGCAGGUCAUCCAAGUGAUCAAAAUUAUCAAUUAUGACGACAUCACAUAUCCAAAAAGCCAUGUACACGUCGUCCGUGGUAUUCUCCAAAACGCACGCAAACAAAAAUAAAUACCACAAGCCAACAUCAUCAUCUUUGCCCUCCCACAGGACCACGCAUCGGCCCAGUCGUCGCAAGUUCAGUCGGCACAUUAUGCCCCAUCCUGAAAGCCGUCGAGUCAGUCGCUGACAACUCCGCCAUAUUCGGGCUCGGCCCCAUCGGCGGGGACUGGUGAUAGUAGGUAGGCGUCUGCGAGAACUCCGAGACGGUUCGGCUGUGGCCGUGCGGUUGGUAUGCUUGGAAUGAGUGGUGUGGAUCAUAUGGCGAAGGUGAUCCUCCAAUCCCUGCUUGCUUGGGCGGGUGACCGAAUCCAGGGAAGGAAUUUUGCAGAUAAGGAGCUGAAUGCUCGUCAGUUUGGAAAACGGGAGAAGUUGGGAAGGGACAUUGACUUACUGCUCUCGGGGCUGCUGAAGGUCGAGGUCACGGUUGGCUCAUAGCCGACAGGUUUGAAGGUUGGAGUUGGCUGAUAGCCACCUGCCUCUGUCACGAAUGGUCUGAUGUGGUUUUCUUGACUCUGUCGUACAUUGCGUCGCCAUCUCCAGAGAAGGAAGGCAAUGAGGGCGAGGAAAAGGACAGCAGGUCCUGCCGCUAUGCCCCCGAUUGCUGCCGGGGGAAGGCCACUGUUUGAGCUUGGCGUGGUGGUUGAGAGCUCUGGUCGCGGAUCAGCGCCCGUGGUUGGAGUUGGUGUGGCGGUUGGUGUGCUCUGAGUUGUCGAGGUCGGCUCAAUGCUAGUGGUCGUGGGUGAAGCUCCAACGAAGAUUUGGCGAUUAUCCGGGUCAGGACUGAGGUGGGCAGCAACAAGCCGGUCGGUCGAGCACGAUUUUCUCUGACAUGGGUUUAUCUUGCAACAACCCAAGAAGGGUGGUGUGUUGUGAGCACAGGUCCACCACAAUGCGCUCGAAUCCGAACUGUCGCAUUCCUGGGCUGGAAGAUCAAGGUAGCUGUCCUUGGAGAAGGAUGCUGGCCGAAGGUUUUCUGGGGGACACGUUCCCGGUUCUCUCUGAUACCCAGUGGUGCACGGGUUGAUGGUGCAGCAGCCGAUGAACUCAGUCUUCUUUCCAAGACAAACAUAAAAGGUGCCACCACUGGGGCAACUCGCGCCGAGGGAAGGAGGGAUGUUUGCCAUGUCUGAGAUAGCAACAUUCAAAGAUCAAAACAAAGAUGAAAGGGGAGACUGACAGAGCACCAAAGUCGCACAUUGUCCACGAAAGAAAAGAGCGGCGAACACAGCAGAAUAUCAAUCCUAGACCUCAUCCACUAUCGUCAACCAGGCUGUAGAGCCUGCAGCUGACACAUUGAGAAAGCUACAGUAUGCACCCUUACCCGCUCUGGACAUGCAGCCCUGCCAGUCAAUCUCAACACCAACAUCGAUAGCUGCAAGCCCACCGCACACCCAUUAUGCAGCCGGAUACUUUAUAGCCACAAUGUGCCAUUUUCGUGUUGAGCUUUAUGAACUAGCUACAUGACGUUAAUCCCACCUUUCCUGUUGACUCUAUGAGUUGCAUUGCCUCAGUGCCGACCAUGCUUCGUUCCAUUUAUUUGUUUCAUCGUCUUGAAACUCAAAGGGCACUUUUCAAGAACCACACUCUUGGGAAUAAUAGCACUUUCAUGAGCCGGCGAGGGUCCAGACCGCUACGGCAAUCUCCAAUCCCCUAGCGGAUGAGGCUGAAUUAGCCCCUGCCCCAGCAAAGACGAAGAAAGAACCACACCAGAUCCCGAUGAUCCCAAAUAAGCACUUAGACUCCAGACAGUGUCCACCCAGAGCGCCACUCUCCCUCAUCAUCCUAGUCGGCAAAAUGAGAGGCGCGAAGAAAGAGCUGGCAGAAAGCCAAGGUUUUGGGCAAUUGUAUUUGUCAACAGGCAUCUGCAGCACUGAAUAAAAAUAACAAGUGAAACAUUUCUGCCUCAGUCAACCACUGGUGCCAAGUUGUGAUGGGGUGCUGCAGCCGGGCGGGGUUUGCAUGGUGGUGGUGGUGGUGGUGGUGGGAGACAAACAACCUGGUAGAAGAUGGCGUCGGGACCAAGACAAGGCUGGCGCAAAAUGGUCUGGGCAUUUGAACUUGGGUUGUCGGAUGAAGUUGGUUGAGUUUGGGGGCUGGGAAGGAAGGGCGGGCCGAGGGUUUGAUCCGAGUGGUCGGGUUUGAGGAGGGACGAGGGUUGUGGUACUGGCGAUGAAAGUGAGGGUUUGGUGAUGGUGUUGCUGCGCUGUGUUUGGUGGUGGAUGUGGGUUGCGGUCUCGUUUCGACUGGAGGGAUGCUGGAUGCCGAGCACAAAGUCGAAAGGCAUGAGAAUUCUGCAGGAGCAAGACGUGGGGAUAUAAGUGCCUGGUUUGGGAAGACUUAUUAGCACCAGCUGAAACAACAGGGAGUAAGCUUGGGCUGUUUGGUCCAGUGGUAUGGCUACGGCACCACUUCGAUCCAAACUGAGAAAGACUAGGCAACACCGUGAGCCUGAGAACCCAGGACGACGGGGACGCCCCGAGUUCAACUCCCAGCAGGUGGUCGGGCACGGAACUCUUUUGCAUUUUUUUCUUCCAACACCAAACUGACAUUUUGCCCUCUGCGAUCCAAUUUUUGAUCACCAUCCACCAUCUAAGCUUCCUUCCGUGACGACUUGGGUCUUUAGGGCUCGAUCGUGGUCAAUGGGUGGCCAAGCAGGCUUUUGACGGCAAAUAUCACCUUGUCCUACGACUCUGUUUUGUAUGGCAGUCAAGUUGUCUUGUCCACUGCCAAUCCCAGCUUCGCACCCGAGAUCAACUAUAUAUGACUCACCACCUUCCUUCCCGGCGUGACUGGCAAACACGAUUUGAAGUUGAGGAUAUGAGGUGUUUAUGGGACUUGCCGCCGCUUGCGACGCCGGUGCCAGGAGGUAACGGUGACAGUCGCACGCCAGCUCAGCAGUCACACUGCUCGAUGCAUGGAACAAAGAUGGAAUGGGGCCGUCGUCAACUCAAGGCAAUAGGACGACGACGCAUCAUUUCUCGGCCCAGGCAUAACUACCUUGAAUUGCCUACAACGGGUGGGAAUCGUCCAACUUCGUCGCUAUUGAUGAUGGCCUUCACACGUGUACGCACCAUGAUGCUGUUGCUUCUCAGCAACAGCAUCACCAUCUGCCAUGCAAUACCAUCUCCAAACCUCAAAAUCCAGACCUAUAUUACGCACCAUAGUGGCAAUACGGAUGAGGUGCUGAAUGUCCCCUUGUACCGGACCACAGUCACAAAUGCCAUGAUAGCCUCGGGGCCGAACUCCCAAUCUGCCCGAGAGAGUAACAGCAAUAUGUCGUGCUUCUCCCUCGGUUACGGUCUUUCAGCUCGAGACUGCGAGUACAUGGCGUCAAUCGGCAUGUUCGACCAAGGCCGGAACGCCAUCUACAACAACGGCAAGAUGUGGAUUGGGCGGGACGGGCCGAACACCUUCACCUUCAUCAACGGUGCUGGGGUGCCGAUCAUUCUCGUCAUGUGGUACGCUUUCAACAAGGACAACACUUCCAGUUUUAUGAAUAUCCGCCGUCCCGAGAUCACGUACUCACUCCCCGAGACCGGAAGCGCAGUCGAGAUCUCUGCUGCGAAUGGGGUGCCGGGGGGUUGGUCAAUGAUUUACAACUACUCUACUCCGCUGAGCGAGUAUGGGCAGAUCAGGAACACGUUCGGGGAGUUCAGCACGGGCGAUUACGCCACGGUUGAUGUGUCGAGGUUGGUGAAUAUGGCGGGAAACUCGGUGACCGUUAGAGUGUUUGGCCACCAGCCUGUCGACACCACUCUACAGCCUGUAUGCGUCACUGAUAUGCGCACUUGCGCGUAUGUGUGCACCAGCAGGAGUGUGGGAUCGUGCGGAGCGACGGGGAGUUAUCAGUUGGUGAACUGUGGCGGACCCAACGCGGUGGAGGGGAUUGAUGAACACGGGAAUCCCACCGGCGGUUGUCAGGGGUGGACGAAUGGGGGUCAUAUCGAAGUUAUUUUCCUUUGA